AGCAGUCAGCGCAGAAAAUCCAAUAUGGUGUCUGUCGUUCAGCGGUUCACGUCGGAUGCUCGUGUUUUGCGAUAAAAUCAUCGUCCGGCGACCGCUUAGCCCGCAGUAAUUAUGAAAAUUCGACUGAAAGCGUCGCGCCGCACGUGAAGAUUCUCAUGCCACAGUGUCCCGCGCGCGUUCGACAGCCGUGAGAGAAGCCAGUGCCUCGGAGACGGAGUGGCCCGAGAGACUCCCUGUCUUCGGUGUGGAAUUUCGCGAGAGUAAAAAGGCGGGACACUGAAAAUUCCGUGGAUAUGGAAACCGACAAGGUGGUGGGUGGCGCGGGGAUGAGUGACUCGGAGGCGGCGGCGAUGAAAAUCAAAGAGAAGAAACGGAACUCGCUAGCGGACAUCGCAACGUUAGACAUAAAGUCGCGUCUGAGUUUGGAGGCGACGGAGGCUCGCAGCGAGCCUCACGUCAACGGGGUAGCGCAAGUGAACGGUGUCUGCGACUCCCCGCAAAGAACUGCCGACGUUACCGAUCUCUCCCCGCAAUCCGAAACAAUGGAAACUAGUCAUUUAAACCAACGUGAAGAAGCGGAAACAUCACCUGUGGAAAGUAAAGACAACGAUAUCCAGUAUGUUAGCUACACGAGUGAACUACAAAUGCCUGAUAUUAUGAAAUUAAUACAGAAGGACCUAAGUGAACCGUACUCUAUUUACACAUAUAGAUAUUUUAUCCAUAACUGGCCGAAAUUGUGCUUCCUGGCGAUGCAUGGUGACGAGUGUGUCGGUGCCAUUGUCUGCAAACUGGACAUCCACAGAAAGGUGAUAAAGCGCGGCUACAUCGCGAUGCUGGCUGUCGACGUAAAAUAUCGGAAACGGAAGAUCGGCUCGAAUCUGGUGAGGCGGGCCAUUCAGGCGAUGGUGGAGGACGACGCGGACGAGGUGGUCCUGGAAACGGAAAUCACCAACCGGCCGGCGCUACGUCUGUAUGAGAACCUUGGAUUUGUGCGCGACAAACGAUUAUUUCGAUAUUAUUUAAACGGCGUGGACGCGUUGCGACUGAAAUUAUGGCUCAGGUGAAAUUCAUCUGCGUGCUUAUGUCAAUAGGUAUUUAAAUAAUUACAAUGUUGAAGAGAGGACAACAUCUAUGCUCUACUAUAUCAGGCAAACGUACGACAUUAAUGUCAAAGAGAUUAUACACACUUUUAAACAACGCACAAACGUUGCGUUUCCGUUGCAAUAUACCGACGCGAUUUUCCCUGAACGUUUUAAGGCAUCCACCUUGAAGUAUUCGAUUAAUAGUCGCGGUUAAAAUGAAUAAUUUUGCGCUGCGACGAGGAAUAACGGAUUAUUUCUCGAAGAUAAUUUUUCGUAGCAAAUUAAUUUCCUGUAUUGAUUAAUCUCAAUACAAAAACUCCAGCAGCCUACGCCAUUCGUCAAGGGUAGACACAUAUGCAUAUAUAUAAUUUGUUAAUAGUGCCUAACUGUUGCCUGAUUGUUAGUUACUUUGUUAUCAAUUCCGCUGCAAUUCCUUUGAUAUUAAUGUCAAGUGAUCAAGAUAGAUUUCAAUUGCAGCUUGAGGAUGAAGUAAAGAGAGUGAUAUAGCAAGCGACAAAAAUCGAGACUGUGAGAACUAUACUGAAAAUAAUCAAUGUAUUUUGCUGCGUCUCAUAUUGAUAAAGUGCACAGCUUGAAGCAAUGGGGCAUAUUUUUGCGUUCGAUUCGAGUAAAUCGUAAAUUGUACAUUGUUCCAAUCGUAGCUUUUCUAUUUCCGUGAAGAUCUUAUUUGACAGCCCUCAGCUAUACAAAAACAUUUGUUGUAAGCAAGAAACGAUGAAGCAGAAAUGAAACAAACUUAGACAAUCGUCGCUCUCGUAUUGACAGAUUUUAUUCGUGUACAGUAUUUCGAUGUAGAGUAAACAAAUAACAUCAUAAUAUUGAACGAUUAGAAGAUUACUUAAUGUCGCAUUAAAAUUCUUGCAAUCGUGCAAUGUUGUAGAUUUACCGCUGCGUAACAUUGCGCCAAGUGUACGAUUUUGUCAGUGUGAACGGCAGUUUAAUAGUAACAAAAAAAGAAAAAAGAACGAAAUUUCCGGUAAAGAGAACGGCGAACGUUUUAGAAGAAAAUAUUUCCGUUUGAAAUUAAGUAAAAGUGAUAUAUACGGAGAUAUUGAUAUUUAUAUAUCUAACAUUAAACGUGAUGAUGAGACACAAAAGGGAAAAAAAAGAAUUAUCGUUUAUCGAAAUCGAGUUUUGCGAGAAACCCUCACGCGGUUAAUGCGACGAGUGGGUGGAAUGUAUUACUGUCUAUACCCAUUAUAUCUAUCUUUGUAUAAAAUAAAUGCGAAGCACAGAUCAUAAUGUAACUAUUAAAAAAAUGUAAAAAUGUUAAUAAAAAUACAUAAAUGUUUUUACACGUGUCUCGUGAUUAUGAUACGUUUGUUUAGUUACAUUAUGAAUUGUUUAAAUUAAGUGUUGACUCGAAAAAUGCUUCUGCGUUUGUACAAUGUACAUAUGGCUGAAAAUAUUAAUAUUAUCCUCAAAA